AUGAAGGCCGCUGCGACCGCCGCCCUGCUCCUCUCUGCGACCGCGGCCUCGGCCUCGAGCGACUGCCACUGCCUGCCCGGCGAUGCCUGCUGGCCCUCGCCGGCGCAGUGGCAGUCGCUCAACAGCACCGUCGGUGGCCGUCUGAUCGCCACGACCCCGAUCGGCGCUGUCUGCCACGAUCCCACCUACGACGAGGCCGCCUGUGCCCGGCUGCAGGAGGACUGGAAUCUGCCGCAGACCCACUAUGUCUCGUCCUCCUCGAUCAUGCAGCAGUUCUUUGCCAACCGCAGCUGCGACCCCUUCACUGCCGAGUCGUCCGCCUGCGAGCUGGGCAACUACGUCAGCUAUGCCGUCAACGUCUCGUCAAGCGAUGAUGUCGUUGCCGCCGUCAACUUCGCCCAGGACAACAACAUCCGCUUCGUGAUCAAGAACACCGGCCAUGACUACCUCGGCCGUUCCACCGGCGCCGGCGCUCUCUCCGUCUGGACCCAUUACCUCAACGACAUCGAGUACCAGGACUGGUCCGACGCCACCUACUCAGGCCCCGCCUACAAACUGGGCAGUGGCGUCAUGGGCUUCGAGGUCCUCGAGGCCACCCAUGCCGCCGGCUACGUGCUGGUCGGUGGCGAGUGUCCCACCGUCGGUCUGGCGGGAGGCUACACCCAGGGUGGAGGCCACUCGGCCCUGAGCACAAGCUUCGGUCUCGGCGCUGACCAGACCCUGGCGUUUGAGGUCGUCACCGCCGACGGCCAGGUCGUCACCGCGUCGCGCACCGAGAACACAGACCUCUACUGGGCCCUCAGCGGCGGCGGCGCCGGCAACUGGGGCGUUGUCCUCUCCGUCACCGUCAAGGCGCACAAGAGCGAGGCCGUCGCCGGCGCCUACCUCGCCUUCACCACCUCCAACCUCGCCGAAGACGUCUACACCCAGGCCCUGACGCACUUCCACCAGCUCCUCCCCGCCAUGGUCGACGCCGGAACAACCGUCAUCUACCAGAUCCUCCCGGGCUACUUCCUCAUCAAGCCCCUAACCGCCUACGGCAAGACCACCGCCGAGGUCAAGGCCAUCCUCGCCCCCUUCCUGUCGGCCCUCGACACCCUCGCCAUCACCUACUCCGUCACCUACUCCGAGCACGACAGCUACUACGACCACUACGAGGAAUACAUGGGCCCCCUGCCCAACGGCAACCUCGAAGUCGGCACCUUCACCUACGGCGGCCGUCUCCUCCCCCGGAGCGUCGUGGAGGACGACGCCGCGGCCCUCUCAAACGUGCUCUACAACUUCACCUCGCAGUCCGUCGUCGCCGUCGGCGUCGGCCUCAACGUCUCGGCCACCAACGACGUCGACAACGCCAUCUUCGCCCCCUGGCGCAACGCCCUCGUGACAAUGCAGUUCGGCAUCACGCUCACGAACACCAAGUCCUGGGCCCAGAUCCUCGCCGAUCAGCAGACCGUUACGGACGAGCUCGGCCCUGAACUCGAGGCCCUGACCCCUGGGUCCGGGUCCUACGAGAACGAGAGCAACUUCCUGCAGCCGAACUGGAAGGAGGUCUUCUUUGGCGCGAACUACGAAAAGCUCGCGGCUAUCAAGAGUAAGUGGGAUCCCAGCGGCUUCUUCUAUUCGUUCAAGGGGGUGGGCAGUGAUGCUUGGUCUGUUGGUGAGGAUGGAAGGAUGUGUAGGGCUGCGAAGACCACGCGGUCGGUUUGUAAGCCGGCGCUGUAG